ACUAGCACCAACUUGGAUUCGAGAAGCUGAAACUGUAAAUUCUCUUUAUGCUUCAGGUAUUGUAGGAGACUCUCUGUGCAUGACUUCUUUCGGGAUUUGCUUGUUACUUGCACGGAGACACUCGCGUCAGGAGCUCCUUCAGUGAUCAGAGCUGUCAGUCAGCUCUGAUCACUGGCUUCGCUCCCCCUUUGAUCACCUGGCAACACACACAUGCACACACUGCUUUCAACGAAGACAGUCACAUUAGUAAUUAGAACGCACAUCUGUAGGUACUGAUGAAAGGUUCAGAGGGCGGCUGCAUGGCUACAGCUGCUGCUCACAAACCUGCAUGCGUUCGUCUGUGUGAGAAGCAGCGCGCAUCUCUCCAGAGGCGCACAGGAGCUCCGCGCUGGAUAUCCUCUGCGCUCGUACUGCGCAUCUUAAAGCUGAAAAUCUUUGUCAGAUUGACGCCGUCCUAUUGGGAUGGAGGACACAGGCAGCGGCUGGGCACCAGAGCUCACCCCCACAUAUGUGAUGCCUGACUUGAAUGGGAAUGACAGCGGUCAGGUGUUUGAGGUGGCAUUGCAGAACAGCUCCUCCAAGCGCAGCUCCCAGAUUGUGGGCGUGGAGCUGCUGCAGUCCUUCAAGCUUCUCAUCAUUCCCUGCUACGCUCUGGUGGCCCUGGUGGGCGUCUUUGGCAACUACCUGCUCCUCUAUGUCAUCUGCCGCACUCGCAAGAUGCACAACGUCACCAACUUCUUCAUUGGCAACCUGGCCUUCUCUGAUAUGCUGAUGUGCGCCACGUGUGUCCCCUUCACGCUGGCCUACGCCUUCAACCCACACGGCUGGGUCUUUGGCCGCUUCAUGUGCUACCUGGUGUACCUCAUCCAGCCGGUGACGGUGUACGUGUCGGUCUUCACUCUCACUGCCAUCGGUGUGGACAGAUAUUAUGCCACAGUGCACCCUCUGAAAAAGCGCAUCUCAGUCCUGGCGUGCACCUACCUCCUGUCUGGGAUCUGGCUGCUGUCCUGUGGCCUGGUGGCUCCGGCUGUGGCUCACACCUACCAUGUGGAGUUCAAGAAGGAAGGCUUCACCAUCUGCGAGGAGUUCUGGAUGGGCCAGGAGAGGGAGCGGCUGGCUUACGCCUAUAGCACCCUCUUCAUCACCUACGUCUUGCCUCUGUCGGCGCUCUGCAUCUCCUACCUGUGCAUCUCUGUCAAGCUGCGUAACUGUGUCGUGCCUGGACACCACACCCAGAGCCAGGCCGAGGCCCAGCGCCUGCGCAAACGCAAGACCUUCCGGCUGGUGAGCCUGGUCGUGGCAGCGUUUGGCAUCUGCUGGAUGCCCAUCAGCGUGUUCAACGUUCUGCGUGACAUUGACAUUGAUCUGAUCGACAAGCGGUACUUUCUGCUCAUUCAGCUGCUCUGUCAUCUGUGUGCGAUGAGCUCAUCCUGCUGUAACCCUUUCCUCUACGCCUGGUUGCAUGGCCGCUUCCGUGCUGAGCUGCGCAAAAUGUUCACAUGCCGCCGUCGCAUUGGCAUCUCAGCCAACAACUGUGCAACAGCCAGCGUGGUUUUGUGAAGCUCUUGUGCUUUAGGCUGUAAAAACACACUCAUCACAGGAUAAUGUGAGCAUUGCUGUAUGAAGAGCUGGCUUUUAUGUAAAGUAGUUCACUAAGUGUCAAAAAUGUUCCCCUUGUAUUUACCAUUAUGCUUGAAGGAGAACUCCACUGAUUUAGACUUGUGCUGCAGAGGUUUUUUUCCUCUUGUCAAAUCUUGGUGCCAUAGGUUGAGAUGAGCCGAUGUCCCAAACAAAUGAGUAUCUUAGGAUCUUGUUCACAGGUGAGACGGACAGACUGAUUGGUGCAGCUGAGUCGAGGCAGCAAACCUCUUGGUUUCGGAGUCGGUCUACAUUCCAACCCUGUACAACGACCAUGAGCUCUGGGUGGAGACAGAAUGACAGCCUACAUCCGAUACAAGUGGCUGAAAUGGAUUUCCUGUGUAGGGUGGGCUCAAGUUUAGAUGUAGGAUAUCCAUUAGGGACCUCCCUUGUGUUGAAAGGAGCCAGCUGAAGUGAUUUGAGGGAGAUCUGGAACCUGGUCAGAGAUUUGGGUGUGUUACUAUCAGCAGCUCAUGCGCCCUUCAAGCAUGAUGAUGCAGCGAGCAGUUCAUUGGAAUCACUUCAUUAAAAUGAUUCAUUUAAAAGAUUCAUCCACAAAACUAUGUAGUGUGUGACCACAGCUUCAUCUGUGUGGUCCCAAUUACUGAACUCAAAACUGUGUAUAUUCCUCAUGAUCCAGAACUAGAAUUGCUGUUGCUUUGACAAACAUAGAAAAACCAGCUUAUACAAGUUAAUAUUUUAACAGUUUCCAUGCACAGUAUUGGAGAUGAACACUGGUUUUUGUAUUCUUUUAGGUGAUCUUCAUGUUGGUAUUACUCUUGACCUUGCUAAGCUUGAUUCCAGCAGUUUACAUUGCAGUUUAUUCCCCAGAGCUCAUGUUCACCGUGUAGAAUCACUGUCCAUGCACUGUGCUCCUGCAGUUAUCAGUAACACAGCAGUUGCAGAGGUCUAGUUUUAAAUCCACAUAACCAGAACCUUUCAAUUUCCAAACUUGUAGCCGCUGGACUCAGUCUGCACUACGUCUGGUUACAUUGCUUGAGGCAGUCUAUUUGACUUUGCUUCCUUUAAGAUCCUGGAAAGACAUGACACAACUUUUUAGAGACAUAUCUGCAAGUCAUUGAAACACAUAUUGAGGUAAAAAAAAAAAAUCUGUGGAGUUUCCUUUAGUUUCUCAAUGCAGUUGACUGACCAUUGCCUGCCAUGUGUGUCUGUGCAAAUGCAAUCACUCUGAGAAGUCUAUCUUUUGUAAAUCAUGACUUAUCUUUGAUAUGUCUCUUUCAUAUGAGGUAACUCCACUGGAAAAAUCUUGUCUGGUAUAUUUUAAUGUUUCAAUUCAUUAUUGGUUUACUUUUUUUCAAAACAGGCCAAUGGGAUUUGUUGACAACUAGACUCCAAAACAUAUUCUUUUGACAACAAUACUGUACUGCAUUAGCCUUUCUAUUUAAGGGAGAUGUAGUCCACCUAUUUCUUUAUACACUGUAAGGACUGAAAAUGUAUUAAAGCCUCAUUUACAUUCGUAUUUGACAGCCUGUUGUUUAAAUGUUGUUUCCAUGUAAAAAGGAACCUCACUCACACAUGAUGAAAAAACAUAUUCCAGUGUAUUGCUAUUUGGCCUGAAAAGCAGCCAAUAUGUACAAUAAAACAUGCUAUGUAUGUUCCUAUGGCAA